CUUGCGGAGCACCCGGUCGAAGCCCUGCGACUCCACCAUGUACUUCAUGGCCUCCCUCAGGCUCUCCACCGUGAACCCCAUGCUGCCUGUCCGACCGACGACCACCCGCCUACCCACAGCCAGACAGCCCGCCCGCGCCCCGGAACGCCAACCCCGCCGGGCGGGGCUUCCCCCCCCGGCUUCCGGGGAAGCCAUGGAGGCGGAGGUGAGGCGGCGGGAGGAGGAAGACGAUGAUGACAACAACGAAGACGACCGAUGCCCUCAGGCGGGGCAGGAGGCGGAGGAGGAAGCGUUGCACCUCGCCAAGCGGAGGAAGGUGCUGUGCUCCGAGUUCGCCGCCAUCACCAGCAGCGACUCGGCGAUAGCGCGACGCUUCUUGGCCGGCAACGACUGGCAUAUGGAGAGGGCGCUGAACGCCUAUUUCGAGCCGCCGCAGGAGAAGGAGGAGGCGGCGGCAGGCGAGGUGCCGCCGGCCAGCGCGGGGCCCGGCAGCUGUAUUGACCUCACAGCAGAUGCAACUACUAGUGAUGCCAGUGGCAAUAGUGCAGACUCGAGGCAACAAGAAGAUGACAGCAGCUUCUCGCUGAUAACCUGGAACAUUGAUGGGCUAGAUCUAGGAAAUCUAAAAGAACGAGCUAGAGGAAUCUGUUCUUACCUGGCAUUAUACAGUCCAGAUGUUGUGUUUUUACAAGAGGUCAUCCCGCCAUAUCUCUGUCUUCUACAGAUGAGAGCAGGCAAUUACACUAUUAUUCCGGGUAAUGUAGAUGGCUAUUUCACUGUCAUAAUGUUGAAGAAAUCAAGAGUGAAGCUACUGAAACACGAGAUAAUACCUUUUCCAACAACCUCCAUGAUGAGGAACCUUUUGGUUGUGCAUGUGAGCAUAUCUGGUAAUGAACUUUGUCUUAUGACCUCUCAUCUGGAGAGCACUAAAAAUCACUCUAAGGAGCGUGUGAAGCAACUGCAAAUAGUGUUGAACAGAAUGCAGGAGGAGUCAGAGUCCACCACUGUUAUAUUUGGAGGGGAUACAAACCUCAGAGACAGUGAGAUAACUAAACUGGGUAACUUGCCUAACAACAUUAUGGAUAUCUGGGAGUUUUUGGGUAAACCUCAACACUGCCGCUAUACUUGGGACACCCACUCCAAUACCAACCUGGAUGCAGCGUAUAAGUGCAAGAUGAGAUUUGACCGCGUUUAUUUUCGGCCUGCAGCCCAAGAGGGACAUAUUAUUCCACGAAGUAUGGACUUAAUCGGAUUGGAAAAACUAGACUGUGGCAGAUUCGCUAGCGAUCACUGGGGUCUUCUGUGUACCUUUGAUGUAAUAUUAUAAAAAUGAAAAAAGGCUUGCAUUGCUAGUCUUUAAGUGUUUUGUUCUUGUUCUUAGAAAACUUUAAAUUUUCAGCCCUAACACGUUCUCCGCUCUUGACUUCUGCUGGAAUGGCUUCACUUCAAGUCAGGGUUCCCUUUUCUGUUCUGUUUUGUUCUUGAAUCAUGUUUUUAGAUUGUUGUUUUUAACAAUGUACGCAAAUACAAAAUAAAUUUCUACUUUUAAAAUGGGAGGAAAAACCUGUAAAUAAAAUUAAUAAACAUAA